AUGUUCAUGUUUAGUGACCAGCAGAUGUUGCAGUGUGAUCCUACUGUUCCAGUGUUUUCUAUAGAGAGAAAGUGGAAAUCCAAUGUUGAAAUCGCUCCCAAUUGUCCACGUUGCACUUCUCCCAACACCAAGUUCUGUUAUUACAACAAUUAUAGUUUGUCUCAGCCUAGGUACUUCUGCAAAGGUUGCCGAAGGUAUUGGACUAAAGGUGGUUCCCUUCGGAACGUGCCGGUCGGAGGCGGCUGUCGGAAGAGUCGACGGGGCAAGUCUAGCAGGGAAAGGCUGGAGAAACAAGGUCGAAUUUCGAUGAAUUACGGUAAGAAUUCAAGUAGUUCUUCUGAUGGGGAUCAACCGGAUAUCGAUCUAGCCAUUGUUUUCGCCAAGUUCUUGAACCAUAACGCCAGCUUUGAUCAGCCUUAUCAGCCUAAUGAUUCAUCAAUGCGGUGCCAGAAACCAGUUGUUCAUUCAAUUCCAGAGUCUUGUAUCUUUCAAGAAACGCGGGAAACCGAUGAGAUCGAGGCGUUCGGGUUACAAGAUUUGUUAGCAGCUGAUGAUCAAAUGGCGUUGCUGGAUGGUUUGUGGGCCGACCAUGAUGUUGCUGCAACAACAACGCCAGACUUUGAAUGGCAACCAAUAGUGCAAAUGCAACAGUUUGAAUCCUUUCCAGUGGAUGAUCAACUGAAGGUUUCUGCAAAUUUAUUGAAUGAAGAGUGGGGUUCCUUUGAUCUUUCAGGGUUUGGAGUUCAUUCAAAACCUUGAAGUUGAAGGAACUUUUCCAAUUUCUU